AUGUUUAACGUCUUAGAAAGAGAAUGCACUAGCACCAAAGAUCUGGGAAAAGCCAGAAUGCGACAAGAUGCAGAGGAUUUAGUUAAGCUGGAGGCGCAGUUUACGAAAUAAGACGUCUUCCGAUGUACGUCUGACUUAGUUGUAGUUACCACUGGAGAUGUGGCAAGUAACGCCAUUAAACAAGCGUUGGGGAAAUUGGUAAGAAAGUCAUCAAAGAGUUCGUUGAAACCAGGCUAAUCAAGAAAGAAAUAAAGUUCCAUGACACUCAAAAGCAACAGAAGGUGAAAACCCUUGAGACACUUUACACUGUACCAGUGUCAGUUGAUAAGAGCAAGACAAUCGCCAUGAAAGCAGACAAAGAUCUCUUGAGAAGGGUGAUAGUAGCCUUGGAAUCCGGUCGUGAUGUAGAUGUGAAUACGUUGCUUCAAAGCGAGCUUGCUCCAGUCCCAAAGUCACUUGCUACCUUAAACAGAAGUCUACGAGAAGCAGGGAAGUCGGAUCUUGGUACCAUUUUACAAGGAAAUGUCUGUAAGAGCCAAAUGCCCAUCCGCAGGAGUCAAACAUGCACUAUUAUUGAUGGAAUGGCAGCUGUUCAGUCCCUCGCCAACUCUUCAGGAGCAAAAACCUUUGGUGAGUGGAGUGACCGAUUUCUUCGUCAUGUCACUUCCCAUUUUUCGGACAGUUCUACAAGGGUUGACGUGCUAUUUGACAGAUAUGUCAAGAACUCAAUAAAAGGAGGAACCAGAGACAAGCGCAAGGAUAAAAAGAAUACAGAAGAAUAAGAAAAGAAUACAUGUCUUGAUAUACACGCAAUGUGGAUAACAGAGAUCAGAGAAUUGGAAACUGGGAAAGGUUCAUCAUUCUAGAGGAUAACGAGGCUAGCCUAGCUCAUUUCCUGUUGACUGAAAUCUCGGAGAGUUACAGAGCGCCUCCUGGGGAGAGCUGGUGA